AUGCUAGAGCGCAUCAUUGCCAACCGCUUCGUCCAGCAUCUGUCCCUGAAGGGGCCGAACUUCCACGGCAAUCAGUACGAAUUCAGGCCCGGACGAUCCACGCUGGAUGCAAUCCAGCACGUCCUGGUCCGUGUUGCCGUGGAGGAGGAGGGCGGGGUAUUGCUCGCGGUAUCCUCGGAUAUCACAAAUGCGUUCAACACCCUGCUCUGGCCGGAGAUUGGACGGGUCCUCGAAUACCACGAAGUGCCCAUCUACCUCCGGCGAAUCCUAUCGGCCUACUUCGGGGGCAGGGACCUCGCCUACUCGGGGAGAGGCGGGGUCUAG